AUGGUUUGCUGUUCAUCUGGGUUGUCCAAAGCAUGCGGCGUACUCCACCAGAGGCGGGUGCCGAUUGCUGGGCCCGCGAAGACCCUGCCGACACCAAGCCAGCUGUCCAGCGUACUUGUAUAUAGAGGAAUAAUAAUAUCAGAAAAAGUUUCAAUAACGGACAAAAUUUCUCAAGAUAAUGAAAGAACGGAAGUAGCUGAUGGAAGAAUAGUCGGUGGCCGCAACGCUACGUGUGAGGAGUUCCCUCACCAAGUCAGCUUCAUUGUGAAUAACUCUUAUUUCUGCAGUGCAUUUUUCAUCAGUGAUAGAUUUUGUUUGACAGCAGCACAUUGCACGCAAAACGUUGAUCCAACCACUGUAGUGCUUAGGUCAGGAAGCACUUUCCGUACAAAUGGUACUAUCAUACCAAUAAUUGAAGUAACUCCUUAUCCGGACUACGACAACCCACCAUUUGAUAAAGACGUGGCCGUCAUGAAGACAGCAGAGUCAGUCGAGUUCAAUUCCUGCACACAGCCGAUAAAGUUACCACCGAAAGGCCUAACUGCGAAGUCUGGAACAGUUAUGACCGUAAGCGGAUGGGGACGUACUCAGCAAGGUGCUUCUAGUAUUCCCGAACGACUAAUGGCAGUUAAUCUAACGGUGGUGGAUCACACACUAUGUCAAACUGCAUAUUUUUCGGUAAACAUCACCGAAAAUAUGCUUUGCGCCGGUAAUUUCUUCUUUGGCGGAAAGAGCACAUGUCAGGGUGAUUCCGGAGGAGUUGGUGUAAUCGACGGUGUAGCCAGAGGAAUCGUGUCAUUUGGACGUGGAUGUGGGCAGCCAUUAUCACCGAGUGUGUUCACCGACAUCUCAGCUCCGGCUAUGAGAGACUUUAUUACUAAACACACGGGACUGUAG